AAGCACUCGAUGUAGUAGUUAUGAAAGGGAGGGGGGGAGAAUGAGUGAGGCAGAAGUCAGUAAGAGUGAGAGAGAAAGGCAUCCCUCUAAUUCCUCAAGAGGGGCUGUUGUAUCAAACGUAGUAAGUGUGAGAAUAGGAGGAGAAGGCGGGACGGACUGACGGAGGGACGUACAGAGGUCUGGGCCACUUCUAAAGAGCUGAGACCCAAAACGCUGAGGCUGGAGUGGUCGACUGCAGUCUGGGAGAGAACAACAGGUGAAAGGACGAAGCCCUUCAGUCUGAGAAAUAGGGGAGGGGGACCGACACGGACUUAUCCCUGACGGACCGACGACCCUUCACAGUGCAGAGAGGAAACAACAAGAGAUUACGUCUACAGGAGGUCAGCAUACCACUACUACACGAGCUGGUCACAACUUCAUUUAGAAAAGUGUGAAGGAAUCUGAACUGAUACAGAGGAAAAACCCAAAGCCAAAAGACAGUAGAGAAAGAACAUUUAAAGCUUGUCCACCUGCUUGAAUAAGUGGAGAAAGAGAGUGUUUCACUGGAACUUCAAGGAGAAGAGAAGAGAGAAGAAGAGAAGGAGAAGAGAAGCGAGAAAGAGAAGAGAAGAGAGAAGGAGAAGGAGAAAGAGAAGAAAGAAGAGAAGGAGAAGAGAAGAGAGAAGAAGAGAAGGAGAAAGAGAAGAGAGAAGAGAAGGAUAAGAGACAAGAAGAGGAGAAGAGAAGAGAGAAGAAGAGAAAGAGAAGAGAAGAGAGAAGAAGAGAAAGAGAAGAGAAGAGAGAAGAAGAGAAAGAGAAGAGGAGGAGGAGAGAGACGAGAAGGAGAAGAGAAGAGUGAGGAAGAGAGAGAGGCUCUACCAGGCUGCACGUCAAUUUGACCAUGAGUGUAAUCGGUACACUGGAGAAGGGGGCCCACCACCAGGCUCUGGAGCUCUCCGAGGAGCUCUCUCCCCUCAACCACCACCACCCAAACCACCACCACCUCCAGCACUCCAACUCUCUGGCCUCCAGCGCUCCUGUGGGGACCCCCUCCGGCGUGGUGGUGCCUCCCCCGUACUCUGCAGCUGAGAGUGGGGGAGGUGGUAGUGAUGCUCCCCUGGAGCUCCGAGGCUCUCUGGACUGCUGGGCGUGCUCGGUGCUGGUGACGGCCCAGAACCUGGUCAUCGCUGGGAUCAACGCCUGCCUGGCCGGACUGGUGUUCGGACUCAUCCUCACCCCCGCCAUCGCCAUGGUGGUGUUCGGGUUCCUCUGUCAUUCUACGGUGCGCCCUCAUGGGACGUCGCGCUACUGCUCGGACCUGCUGAAUGACGGUGGCUGUGUGGCCCUCCUGGUUGUGGGUUUCCUCCUGGUCACACCCCUCCUGGUCCUGGCUCUGGCCGCCUACUGCCGCCUGGCCCGCCACCUCCAACUGGGGCUCUGCUUUAUACCAUACUCCAGGGCUAUCUACAAGAACCUGCCCGCCACACAGCACCCUGGCCUGGGAGGGGGCUGCUGUGGAGGCAGUGGCGCUGGAGGGGAGGGAGGAGGGAAGGGUAAGGUCUGGGUGUGAGGGGGAGGGGGGGAGGGUGGGGAGAGGGAGCGAUGUGAAGGAAGCUAGUGUCAAGAUCUAUGUAUAGGGGGAGGGAGCGAGGAUGAGCGAGAGUGACACACAAAGAGGAAGAAAGAGAGGGAGAGAGAAAGAAAAGGUGAGGAAGAGAAGGGAGCGCGUGGAGGGAAAGGGAGAGCCAAGAUGAGGAGGGAGACAGGAGGAAAGAAUGGUGUUAGAGCAGGGAGGAGAAGGAGGAGAACAACCACAGCAGCCAAACUCUUAUCUGGGAAGGCUUCAGUAUAGGCGCCACAGUUUAAAGAACAAAGUAAACCGUUCCUCUGGAGUUCAACCAAAGUAACCUCCUUCACACUACCACGUUUUAUACAACCAAUUUCAUGUAAAAGUUAUCUGUCAACAUAUGUGGUUUACUGUGGGAAAACUUUUGUUUGUGAUCAACAGCAAACAUCUCAACCACACGGCAGGCAAAGUGUUGUUUCUCCAGUUAAAGGACAUAAUAUCACUGCCAUGUGUUGACAUCCAAUAUAUUAUUAACAUUGAUUCAACACAGUAUCUUUAAGCAUUUACCACCAUGAAGGACCUUCAAUAGAGUUUUGUGCAUUUAGUUGACUCUGGUUUAUGACUGCUACUGUUUCUUGUGUAUUUCCUCUUUUCAAAUAAAGUCAUUUGGAAUCA